AUGUCUCGCCGGGACGACGACUUGGCGUACGGUGAGUACCAUGAGCAAGAGGGCGACCGCGGCCUCAUAGGCGACAUGGGCCGCCGUUUUGGUUUUGGCAAAAAAGAGGAGAAUCAGCCUCAGUCCUCAGGCCAAAGUGGUGGUGGCAGCGGCGGCGGCGGCGGAAUGUCUUUCUUCAAGAAGCUCCACGACCCUCUCCAUGACUUCGUCGCCGACAUCAAGGAGGCCAUAACCGGCGACGACAAACCACAAAACUCCCAGCAAGCCACCUCUCAGCAGGCAGGUCAGCCACAGCCCGGCCAGGAGUACCACCCACAACACCGCUUUUCGAGCUUCGCCCCCGAACGCCAUGGCAACAACAUCAAGUGGUAUGUAGAUGGAUGCUCGUACAUGUACGCAGUCUCCAUUGCCCUCGAGCGCGCCAAGGAGUCAGUAUGGAUCCUCGACUGGUGGCUUUCGCCAGAGCUCUACCUCCGUAGGCCACCGGCGAAGAACCAACAGUACCGGGUCGACCGGAUGCUGCUGGCAGCAGCCGAGCGCGGCGUAAAGGUCAACAUCAUUGUCUACAAGGAGGUGACCCAGGCUCUGACUCUCUCCUCAGCCCACACCAAGCACCACUUGGAAGAUCUCCACCAAAACAUUGGUGUUUUCCGACACCCCGACCAUCUGCCAGACGCCGCUGUACUACAAUCGUCCUUUGCCUCUUCAUUCCAGAACAUGUCCUUCACCCCGGCAUCGCUCGCUAAGCUUCCCAUGGACAGCCUCAAGGCAAUCUAUGGUGCCCACGAGAAUACCGUCAUGUACUGGGCACACCACGAAAAGCUCUGCUUGAUUGACGGCCAUAUCGCUUUCAUGGGAGGUCUGGACCUCUGCUACGGUCGAUGGGACACCAACCAACACGCAAUUGCCGAUGCUCAUCCUGGAAACAUUGACCGCAUUGUUUUCCCAGGACAGGACUUUAACAAUGCUCGUAUCAUGGACUUUGAAGACGUCACUCACUGGGAAAACAACAAGCUCGAUAGGACCACGAGCUCGCGUAUGGGGUGGUCCGACAUUGCCUUGUGCCUCUCUGGUCCAGCUGUUCAGGAUCUCCGUACCCAUUUCACCCAACGCUGGAACUUCAUCUACGACGAAAAGUAUAGUAAGAAGGCCACCAGAUAUGCCAGACUGCCCGAUACCAGUAGUGGUGCUCAACAGGGUGGUACGUUUCCUCCACCUCCGACUCAACAGCGGGGUUACGAAGGAGAGGAGGGACAGCGUGGUUUUGGUCGUGAAGAGGAGGGCGAAAGGGGGCUGUUUGGUGUUGGCGAGCAUCUCCGACAGAAGGUGCAGAGCAGGUUCGACCAGUAUGGACACCAACAGUCGCAGCAUGGUCAUCAGCAGUCGCAUGCCGAACACAGCUCGCAGAGCGGUGGUGUCGAGUGCCAGAUCACGCGCAGUUCAGCCAAGUGGAGUCACAACCUUGCCACGACUGAGCAUUCCAUUCAAAAUGCCUACUGCGAAAUCAUUCGCAACAGCAAGCACUUUGUCUACAUUGAGAACCAGUUCUUCAUCACUGCUACGGGCGACCAACAGAAACCCAUCAAGAACCAGAUUGGUGCGGCCAUGGUCGAACGCAUCGUCCGAGCUGCUAGGAAUGGCGAAAAGUACAAGAUGAUUAUCAUGAUUCCGGCCGUACCGGCAUUUGCUGGGGACCUGAAGCUUGACGAAGCGCUCGGCACCCGUGCCAUUAUGGAAUUCCAAUACGAUUCCAUCAACCGCGGUGGUCACUCGAUUUACGAGGAGAUUGCCAAGGCAGGCUUUAACCCCAUGGACUACAUCCGGUUCUACAACCUUCGCAGCUACGACCGUAUCAACGCCAGUCAAGUCAUGCGUGAGGCAGAAGAGCACAGCGGCGUAUCCUACCGUGAUGCUCAAGAGGGCUACGAUGCCGCCCACGACAAUGCUCGCGGCUAUCAGGCCUAUCGCCCGCCACCCAGUGAAGAGUAUGGCGUCUACGAAAUGGAUGGCUCUUCUGCUCCCCAGCGACCGCAGUACGAUGCUGGCCCUCAGAGUCAAGGCCGGAAGAGCGACUACGACCGCUACCAGCAAGAGGCAGUCAAGAUUGGUGGGCGACAAGGCCUCGGCGACGGACGCUGGGAUACCGUCAGCGAGUGCUACAUGCUGGGAGGAGAGGACAUUCGCAAGGUACCUUGGGAAGGCAGUCCUGAGGAUGAGAUGGACGCCUUUGUAUCGGAAGAGCUGUACAUCCACAGCAAGCUCUUGAUUGCUGACGAUCGUAUCGUCAUCUGUGGAUCUGCCAACCUCAACGACCGCUCUCAACUCGGAGACCAUGACUCUGAGAUUGCAAUCAUCGUCGAAGAUCCCAAGCAGGUGGACUCUUUGAUGGAUGGCCGGCCAUGGCGCGCGUCCGAGUUUGCUGCGUCCCUCCGAAGGGAAAUCUUCCGCAAGCAUCUCGGCUUGCUCAAACCACAAGACAUGGAGCGACCAGACAACAACUACCAACCGAUUGGUGUCCCCAACCAGUACGACUGGGGAUCGCAAGACGACCGCCAAGUCGCAGACCCCUUGUCGGACGAGUUUUUGAACCUGUGGAACUGGAGGGCGCACACCAACACGCAGGCUUUUGCAAAGGUGUUCCACCCGGUGCCGACUGACGAGGUCAAGAACUGGAAGCAAUAUGACGCAUACUACUCUCGCUUCUUUGGCCAGGACGAGAAGCAGAAGCUGGAGAAGAAGCCGUCAAUGUACAAGUGGGGCCAUGUGGUUGCAGAAAACUUUGCUCCGGGCGAGCAGGGCGUGCGUGAGGUCAAGGAGGUUCUCAGCACCAUCAAGGGCACGAUUGUCGAGAUGCCGCUGCUGUUCCUCAAGGAGGAGGACAUUGCCAAGGAGGGCGUGGAGCUGAAUGCGCUGACCGAGGAGAUUUACACGUAG